CGCAAGUCAGAGAAGCGAGGAGGAGGCGAGAGAUUUGCAUCCCGAGGGAGAAUAGAAAGGGACCCAACCCAAAUCAAAUCCCUGGUGCCCCCUUCCUUCCCCCACACGCCGCCGUCGCCGCCGCCGCCGUGAGGACUCCGGCGAAUGGCGUCCCGCAUCGCCUCGGGCCUCCUCCGCCGCCGCGCCGGCGCCAACCUAGGCCUCCUAAGGAGUUAUACACAUGUCAGAAACUACAGCAGUCAACUUUCAGCUUUGAUUCCAGCUACGUCCCAGUGCUCGAAGCUAACGAGAAGACGUUAUUACAUGCCGAAUGCCUCUCCAUACCAAGUUUGGAGUAGGUCAUUUGCUUCAGAUAAUGAAGACAAGGUUGAGGCUGUUGUGCCCUUCAUGGGUGAAUCUGUAACUGAUGGAACUCUUGCUAACUUCUUGAAGAAACCUGGUGACAGAGUCGAGGCCGAUGAGCCCAUAGCACAGAUUGAAACUGAUAAGGUUACUAUAGAUGUUGCAAGUCCUGAAGCUGGUGUUAUUGAAAAGUUCAUUGCUAGUGAAGGUGAUACAGUUACUCCAGGCACCAAAAUUGCAAUCAUAUCAAAGUCUGCUCAAUCUGCUGAAACACAUGUUGCUCCAUCUGAGGAAGCAACUCCAAAAGAAUCCUCUCCACCAAAAGUUGAAGAGAAACCAAAAGUAGAGGAGAAAGCGCCAAAAGUAGAACCACCAAAGACACAAGCACCUAAGCCUGCUGCACCAUCAAAAACGUCUCCUUCAGAACCACAGCUCCCUCCAAAAGAACGAGAGCGGCGGGUGCCAAUGCCAAGGCUCAGGAAGCGUAUUGCAAACCGUUUGAAGGAUUCUCAGAACACCUUUGCAAUGCUGACCACAUUUAAUGAAGUUGACAUGACCAAUUUGAUGAAGCUUCGUUCUGAUUAUAAAGAUGAGUUCGUCACAAAGCAUGGUGUCAAAUUGGGUCUCAUGUCCUGCUUUGUCAAGGCUGCUGUUUCUGCACUUCAAAACCAGCCCAUUGUCAAUGCUGUCAUUGAUGGUGAUGACAUCAUAUACAGGGACUAUGUUGAUGUCAGUGUUGCUGUUGGCACUUCCAAGGGCCUUGUGGUGCCUGUUAUCCGGGAUGCUGAUACGAUGAACUUUGCUGACAUUGAGAAAGGGAUAAACAACCUCGCAAAGAAGGCAAAUGAGGGGGCACUGUCAAUUGAUGACAUGGCAGGAGGAACAUUCACCAUCUCCAAUGGUGGUGUUUAUGGAAGCCUUAUCAGCACACCUAUCAUCAACCCCCCACAGUCAGCAAUUCUUGGGAUGCAUUCCAUUGUGCAACGCCCUGUGGUUGUGAACGGCGACAUCCUCGCAAGGCCGAUGAUGUACCUCGCCCUGACAUACGACCACAGGCUGAUUGAUGGCAGAGAGGCUGUCUUCUUCCUGCGCCGCAUCAAGGACGUGGUCGAGGAUCCCAGGAGGUUGCUGCUUGACAUAUAAGUUCACGCCCUGGCACUGCCCCGCCAACUGUUUUGUGCUUAUCUGGAAAUAAUACCAUGCAAAUUUUUUGACUGAUGAAAACUAGUUGCUUCCUCCGAAAGGCAGAAUCUGAGCUGAGGAUAUGGUGAGGUUUUUCCUAUAAUUGUAGAAGAGAGCACCAAACUCAACGCUGAGGUCAUGUUCACUUUUCCUAUCGAAGAUGUUCCAUUUCGGGAUGUAGUUCCCCGAACACUCGUUUGUUUACCAUGCAAAAGCAAUAGGGGCUACUGCAUUUUUGGGGUUUA